ACGCUGACUUCAAGGCAUGUCGGAUUCUUUUCACAGUCAAUAAUCAUACCAGAAGGCUUAUUUUCAGAUGGAAGCCAUCUCAGGUUCGACCCAUGACGUCAGUAACAGACCAAUGACAUCCCGUAGUGUUCGUAUAAUGGUUGUAAAACGCUGGCAACCAUCUCAAUGAACUACUACAGAAGACGGCUGCAUGCUUCGGGGUUAUUUUAUGGACUUCGACCCUUUAUCUUGGUUGACCUUUAAUGUUAAGUUGCUGAUAAACCUUUAAAUCUCUUAAUUAAAUCUUUAAAAUGAAAACAAAGCAGUCAGCUCACAACAUCAAUUAAGUAAUUUCUAGCUCAUUAUCAACGCACUCACAUGGGCGGGUGAACUGGGUUCCUUACAAACUCCGUGUAAAAGCAGGUCAAAUUGAUUGCAUGGUAUACAUAGAGGAAUUUCGUGUUGCAUCUUUCCAGCUCCGUUUGAAAUGUAAUAACGCGUUGAGCUGGUCAUUUUUUUUUUCAGUACCAGCUGAUACCAUACCAGGAGAGAAAGAAGAUGGCGGCAAACUGUUUCCAAAGUGGCUGAUUGCUGUUAUUGCCGGCGUUGCUGGUGUGUUUGUCCUUGCCAUUCUUGUUCUCUGCCUUUGUUGCCUGAAGCUUCGUCGUAAGAAGGCUAAUGGAGCUGACAAAGCUAACAAGCAUCCCACCUCAAGCUAUGUAGUGGGUGGGCCAGAUGUGGCCCCUGCCACAGAGGGGCUUAGGUAUGGAAGAGAAUCUAUUGAAGAUGAUCCAUUCAUUGUAGCUGCCUCCAUACAGUCCUUGAACUCUAUUGAUAGAAAAAAAGAAAAACAAGCUCCCUGUGUCAACUACGGAUACUUGUCUGAAGAUCAACCUGAAAUGCUACUCAACCCAGGCUCCCGUUUGUCGAAAAAUGGCCUUAUUGCGCAUGCCGGUACUGGAGAAAAUGUGAACUCCGCAUACCCUGCAAGUGGACCACAGAGAGAUUUUAAAACCUUCGGAGCUUCAUAUGAAAUUGUUGGAACAGCAAAGCAUAAUCCUAUUGACAAUCCACUUUAUACAACGGCGGACCAACGGAAACCCGUCCCCAAGUCAGGCGCGUCAUCUUCGAGUUCCAAAACCAACAGCCCUGUGAAAGAACCCCUUGACUCAACUGUGCCUUAUGCUACUCCACAGAAGAAAAAUAAGCCCAAGAAAUCUCGCAAAGACCCCCAGGAGAUAACGACGUCUGAGCCUCCUCCAAAGUACACUCUCGAGGACAGGUCUCCUGAAGAGCCCAUGCCAGGAGAUUUAGAUCUAGAUGAUCCACGUAGCCUGCCACCUACUGAGAGACCUCCACACCUACCCCCUCCUGUGGCCAUGACGCUAAACAAGCGAACAAAACCCAGUAAUUACCACGGCGAUUCACAUGACAGACCUACUGAAGGUCCUCGAUUUUUUUACAUACCAGACAACAGAGAUCGACGUGGUUCAGACCGCGCUAAGAUACCUUCUCCCAGCACAGGCGGGAAAGAACAGGUACAAACUGAGUUUGGUACAUACAGUUCGUAGGACAUUCAAUGUCAAUUUAUCCCGUCUCGCAGUCCUUCCUCCUAACGUUGGAUGGGAGGCAUCACGGGAUGAACCCUAAGAAUAUCGUUAAAGAUGCGGUUGCUAUUUCGCGUCUUUUGAUUGUUGGUUCUUCUCCAUGUUUAGUUUACAAUUUUGGAAAGCUCUUAAGUAAUAGUAGAAGUCUAAUACAUGUUCUAUGACUACUCGUGCCUUCAGAUUUGCAAAUGGGCUAUUUUUAGGUCAAACUAUUAAGUGAGAAGAACAUCAGCUAGACUGUGCGUACUCGCAGAAAUGAUAUGCAACUCACAUUCUGGCUGGACUAAUGUUACUCUGUCUCAGUUGUAAAGUCUACAAAGAAACGGCAGCAACAACAGGGAAAUUCAUAUGUAGGGCUCUAAAACGAGGGCAAAUAAACAAAUAGAAUUUUGUUAUGACCCAAGCAAAUUUGACUGACAGUGAUUUCGAUAUUUGCGGCAAAAAUAAGUACGUCUCUUAAGGUGACGGUCUCCUUCCUGAUUGUCCCUCCUCUCUAAAUUCCAUAUUAUCAGGUGUAAAUGACACCAAAUAUGCUGGUAAAUCAGAUGAAAAGGUUUUACAGAUCAAAGAAGAACAGGCUCUUUGGGAAAAAGAACAGGAUGAAAGGAGAUGAAAGUGGAUUACAGUUCAUCAAAUUUGAUUUGAUCACUCAUUAUUCUUUCUCCAAGAAAAACCGGAUGGGGGUGUGCCAGCCGCUUCCCAAAACCCUCACCCUAUUUAAGACCAAACUCUACGAAUUUUCCCAUCCUAUUUAUGACCUGACCAAAAAUUCGAUACCAUAUUUAAGACCUGACCCAUAAAUCAGCAGCCUGUUUCACACCCGCCUUAUUUAGUUCUCUAGUUUAAGGUGGCCGAACACAGUUUUCGCGC